UCUGGGCUAGACUGUCGGGUGGUGGGGAGACGGGAAUAAACUCGAGUCCGGAGUGUGGACCGUUGACAUGGAUGCCCUCGCGCUUGAGGCCACCAUUGGUAAAAAGCCGGCUAAUGGGGCGGCGGCAGCUGCACCUGUGCUGGCACCAGCGCCAGUCAAACGCAAACCUGCUAAAAAGACUAAAAAGGCUGUUGUUUUCUUUGAGGUGGAGAUACUCGAUGCCAAGACCAAGGACAAGCUCUGCUUCCUGGACAAGGUGGAGCCCAAUGCCACCAUCGGGGAGAUCAAGUCUAUGUUCCACAAGAGCCAUCCCCAGUGGUACCCAGCCAGACAGUCCAUCCGACUGGAUCCCAAGGGGAAAUCCCUGAAGGAUGAGGAUGUUUUGCAGCAGCUCCCUGUGGGAACCACAGCAACUUUCUACUUCCGAGACCUGGGGGCUCAGAUCAGCUGGGUCACGGUCUUCCUGACGGAGUACACCGGUCCGCUAGUCAUCUACCUGAUGUUCUACUUCAGGGUUCCCUUCAUCUACGCCCCCAAAUAUGAUUUUACCACCAGUAAACACUGGGUCGUACAUCUGGCCUGCAUGUGUCACUCUUUCCACUUUGUCAAGAGGCUCCUGGAGACGCUGUUUGUCCAUCGCUUCUCUCAUGGAACCAUGCCGCUACGUAACAUCUUCAAGAAUUGUACAUACUACUGGGGCUUUGCAGCAUGGAUGGCUUAUUACAUCAAUCACCCGCUCUAUACACCACCCAUUUACGGAGAGCAACAGAUCAGACUGGGCCUCAUUUUAUUCCUGUUCUGUCAGAUUGGCAACUUUUCCAUCCACAUUGCCCUCCGCAACCUCCGUCCGCCAGGGUCCAAAACCAGAAAGAUUCCCUACCCAACAAAGAACCCGUUCACUUGGAUCUUCCUGCUGGUCUCUUGCCCCAACUACACUUACGAGUUGGGGUCUUGGCUCGGCUUCACCCUGAUGACUCAGUGUCUGCCCGUGGCCUUCUUCACUUUGGUGGGUUUCAUCCAAAUGACCGUGUGGGCCAAGGGAAAGCAUCGCAGCUACCUGAAGGAGUUCCGUGACUACCCUCCGCUCCGAUCACCCAUCCUGCCCUUUGUGCUGUAGGGGACGACCUUCACGGCCCCUCCCUCACCCAAUCAGCUCCAUUGAUCUUAGCACCCUUCCCUCUCUGCUCAAACCUUAGAGUAGCAAAGCUCCCAAAUCUAGGCUGGAACUUAAACUGACUGAACAAAUCCCUGCCGGCUUUCCUCCAAUACCAAUUUUUCCCCGUUACCUUUCUUGAUCGUUGCAGAAAUGCUGAGAGUAAUGUUUAACACCACAAUGGCUUCAUUUCUUUUCGUACACAAAACAAACCCUUCUUGCUAGGAUAUUUGAAUUAUUUUGUCGCUCUCUAAAACUGUUCUGACCUUCAAAUCAACCUGUGUACACUGAAAGACAACUCGUGGUGAACUGAUGAAUUUUGAUGUUCAGAAGUGUUGAAGUUGUUGUUCAAAUCCAUUCAUCUACAUUUGGAACCGUAUGUAUCGCUGGAUAAAGUAAUUUAUUAAUAAAAAGGAACCAAA